CACUGAAAACCUUUGUAUCAGGAUUCAUUGUAUUUUCGGCUCCUUUUUCUUACGUGGAAAGGUCCGCCCAAGAGGAAGCUCCAAGUCAUCAGCAAUGGCCAUGGACGCGAUCACCAGCGUAAAGAAUUACCUGGAGAAGAUCAUCUCAGACCCGCAGCUGGAGGGGAUGAAGGCGCUACUGCUGGACGCUGACACCAAGAGCGUCAUCAGUAUGGUUAUGUCCCAGUCGCACAUCCUGCAGCGCGAGGUGUUCCUUGUUGAGCAGCUGGACGCCACGCACGAGCCGAUGCUGCACCUCAAAGCUGCCGUCUUUGUGCGCCCCACGGCUCGCAAUGUGGAGCUGCUGCGUCGAGAGCUCAAGGCGCCCAAGUACGGACGCUACCACCUCUUCUUCUCCAACAUCUUGCCCGUCGAGGCGCUCGAGAAACUGGCUGAAGCGGACGAGAAGGAAGUCGUGGUGCAGAUUCAAGAGUACUACGCUGACUAUCUGGCAGUCAAUGACUCGCUCUACGACUUCGGCCUGCACAACUCCAUCCAACUUAGUGUCAGGAUGCCGACGGCUUCGCCCGGAGGAUCUCUGCUAUCCACUGCCACGGCUGGAGUUCUGACCACAGAUCCCGUGGACAAGACCAAGAUGACGCCCCCGCAGUUGUUUCAAAGAAGCGUAGAAGGACUGCUCUCUGUGCUGCUUUCAAUGAAGAAGAAACCGACGAUCCGGUAUGCUAAAGGAUCGGAAGUGGCCGAAAAACUAGCGCGUGAGGUGUCGGCGAGGAUGCAACUCGAGCAGGAUGGACUCUUUGAUUUCAGACGACCAGAGGUGGCCCCGCUCGUGUAUGUGCUGGACCGCAAGGACGACCCCGUGACGCCAUUGCUCACUCAGUGGUGUUAUCAAGCAAUGGUACAUGAACUGCUCGGACUACACGAGAACCGCGUGGAUCUUCGUGACGCACCUAAUGUACGUAAGGACAUGACGGAGCUUGUGCUAUCUACGACCUCGGACGAUUUUUUCGCGCAGCAUGUACACGCCAACUUCGGUGAUCUCGGCAUGGCGGUGAAGCAGCUUGUGGACAAAUAUCAGUCUCAAACUCAGACCCACGAGAAUAUCCAGUCUAUCGAUGACAUGCAGCGCUUCUUGGAGAACUACCCAGCCUUCAGAUCUCAGUCGGUUACGGUAUCCAAGCAUGUGACGCUGAUGGGUGAAUUGGCUCGCCGAGUGGAAGUGGAUGGACUUAUGGAUGUGAGCCAACUGGAGCAGGAACUCGCAUGCGGAGAUGACCACAAUGCACAUUUCCGCGAUGUGGUGACGAAGCUGAAAGAUGCGCAAGUGAAGCCACUUAACAAGCUGCGCUUGGCGAUUCUCUAUGCUCUGCGCUAUGAAACACACAGCUCGGUUCAGCUCAAGACGGUCAAGGAGCUGCUGGCAGCCCCACACGGAGGAGGACUGUCGGCUGAUCGCGUGGCUUUGGUUGAUGCCUUUCUAAAAUUUGGUGGCCAAAAGGCUCGUCAGGGUGACUUGUAUGGCGAUCGUGCUGGUCUGAAGAAGUUCAUGCGGGCUGUUACGCAGGGCGUACAGGGUGUCCCGAAUGUAUACGCGCAGCACGUGCCGCCACUAGCCAAGAAGCUAGAAGUUAUCCUAAAGGGUCAACUACUGGACCAAGAGUUCGGCGUGGUGAAUGGAGGUGCUGGUGCUGCAACAUCGACUGACCUUGGCGGAAGCAACGGCGUGAAGAGAGUACGCGACGUUAUUGUGUUCGUGUGUGGUGGGGUCACGUUUGAAGAGGCUAUGAAGGUGGCUGAGCUUAACCAGAAGGUAGCGUCGUCAAAUUCAGGUCAGCGCAUUCUCCUUGGUGGUUCGCGCAUCCACAACUCGACGAGUUUCCUUGAGGAAGUAGCGGCGGCCUACAACUUGUCCCCUCUCCAUGGACACGGAGGUGCGAAUGCCAACUGGAAUUACGACGGAAAGAAACUCUAGAUACGUUGCAGCAGAAAAGAAUGGAGAGAACAGAGAGUUUGAUCUUGCGUAGCAAGAAGUAACAAGAAGAAAGGAAUGUGUAUUUCUAUUCAAAAGUAAGCCGGCUUACUACUAAGUUAG